AUGGCCCAAGGACCAUCGCGGACAUCCGCGGCAUCACCAUCCUCACUUUCUCACGACUGGGCUGGCGAUCAGAACGGCAAGAACCUCAGCUACACAUCCUCUACACAGCCAUUGACGCAAGCUCGCACCGAGCACUCCAACAAUUCGACAGACCGCACAUCAUCGAGCCUAACCCAUUCUCGCUCGAUUAUCGGCCUCCACCCAGACGCUCCCAUCGAUGAAGAGCAUGACCACGGGCCAGCCUCCGAACUUCUGUGGUCACGUAUACGCGCCGUAUUGCGAGAGCCGCUCGCUGAGUUCUGGGGUGUGGCGAUCAUGGUGAUGUUUGGAGAUGGCUCAGUGGCACAAGUCUUACUCAGUACUGGCCAGGAGACAGCACCAGGUGGGAACGGGUUUGGCUCCUAUCAAUCGAUCAACUGGGGCUGGGGCCUCGGCGUCAUGCUAGGAAUCUACGUCGCCGGUGACUCCGGCGCGUAUCUCAACCCAGCGAUAACAUUCUGCAACUGUCUUUUCCGGCAGCUCCCCUGGCGACGUUUCCCCAUCUACUUCAUCGCGCAAAUUCUCGGCGGCUUCACCGGCUCCGGCAUCGUCUACGCAAACUACAUCUCCGCCAUCGACUACUUCGAGGGCCACAAUCUCCGCACCGUUCCUCCCGCGCCGAACGCGACGGCCGGGAUAUUCUGCACGUACCCGCAGGCGUUUGUGACGAAGACGAGCCAGUUCUUUAGCGAGUUUAUUGCAAGUGCGCUGUUGAUGUUCGUUAUUUUUGCGUUGAAGGAUCCAAGCAACAACGGCGUCCCCAAAUCAGACAAAUGGUUCCCGCUCUGCCUCUUCUUCCUCAUCUUCGGCCUGGGAUCCUGCUUCGGCUGGCAAACGGGCUACGCGAUCAACAUCGCUCGAGACUUUGGUCCGCGCCUCAUGAGUUAUGCCGUCGGCUACGGGCCCCAAGUCUGGUCUGCGGGCGGUUACUACUUCUGGAUACCGAUGGUUGCGCCGUUCUUGGGCUGCACGUUUGGAGGGUUCUUGUAUGAUGUGUUUAUCUACACGGGGCCGAGUCCGGUGAAUACGCCGUAUUUGGGACUGAAGCAGAUAUUGUGGCCGAGAGAGGCGGCGAGGGCGAGGAGAGAGCAUAGGAGGAGGGAGAAGGAAGAGGGUAUUGUGUGA